AUCCCAGCUCUCACGGCAUGAGGUAACAGCCUCGUAAUUUACUGCAUCCGCUCGCAGAGCGAAGCCCCUCAACGGCCAUCGAGGAGGCGAGCCCCGCCCCGACCGUUUGACAAAUUCAUGCGGUCGCUGCUGGUUGAUUGGAGCCCCGUGUGAGUCCCAAGACGCGUGACGGCGUUGAGAUGAUGCAUUCUCCAGUUCCAUCAACGUUCAUCAAUCGCUUCGGCUAACGUCCCCCAGACUUGUGGGGUCCCCGCGCCCGUGCCUGGGUCAGACGACCCCGCACGCUGCGACGCGAGCCGGUCCGCAACCACAGACCGCAUGUUCCACUUGCUAUAAAACAUCCCUCCAAUCUUUGACAAUUCCCCGGUUGCGGUCCAAGCUUUGUGCUUCCCCUCCACCAGCGGUCCAGCUCUGACAGCCCUGCCAUUGCCUACGGGACUAGCCAGCAAAAAUGGUCAAAGCCUACUCACCCGCCAUUGCAGCUAAUCCGUACAUCGUCGGUUCAUUCGCAUGUAUUGGCGGUGGUCUCUUCGGUCUGGACAUCUCGUCCAUGUCCGGCGUCCUCUCCAAUGAUGCCUACAAGAGGCAGUUUGGCAACCCCGACUCCAACGCCCAGGGUGCCAUCGUCGCCGCCAUGCCUGCCGGCUCCUUCGUCGGUGCACUGGCUGUCUCCAAGCUCGCCGAUCUCCUGGGCCGCAAAUGGACAGUCAUUAUCUCUGGCUGGAUCUGGGUUGUUGGCUCCAUCCUCCAGUGCGCUGCUGUCGACCGUGGCAUGCUUGUCGUCGGGCGUAUCAUUUCUGGGAUCGCCGUCGGUAUCGCCUCGGCAAUCGUCCCUCUCUACCAGUCUGAGAUAACCGAUCCCCGCAUCCGUGGUCGUCUCGUGUCGAUGCAGCAAUGGUCCAUCACUUGGGGUAUCCUCCUCCAGUACUUCGUCGAAUUCGGUUGCUCCUACAUCAAUGGCGUCGCCUCCUUCCGUAUUCCCUGGGGUCUCCAGAUGAUUCCUGCUAUCAUCUUGUCCCUCGGUAUGCUCCUCUUCCCCGAAUCGCCGCGUUGGCUCGUGGACCACGACCGUGAGGACGAGGCUCUCGAGAUCCUCGCCGACCUUCACGGCAAGGGCGAUCCUAACAACGAACUCGUCCAGUUGGAGAUCGCCGAAAUCAAGGAGCAGGUCCGUUUCGAGCGCACCGAGGGUGCCAAGUCCUACCUUGACUUGAUCAAGCCUGGCAUCUUCCGCCGCGUCACGCUCGGUGCAUCGCUCCAGAUGUGGUCUCAGCUCUCCGGUAUGAACAUCAUGAUGUACUACAUCAUCUACGUCUUCCAGGGUGCCGGUCUCACGGGUCGCCGCGGUAACCUCAUCGCUGACUCCGUUCAGUACGUACUCAACGUCGCGUUCACCAUCCCCGCUAUCAUCUAUAUCGACAAGUGGGGCCGCCGUCCCAUGCUUCUCGCCGGUACUCUUCUUAUGGGCUUCUGGCUCUUCCUCGUCGGUGGUCUCCAAGGCGGCUAUGGAGCCUGGGGACAGGUGGACGGUGACCGCGUCUGGGUCAUCACUGGACAUGACGGCAUCACAAAGGCGAUCAUCGUCUUCUCUUACUUUUUCGUCUGUUCCUUCGCCAUCACCAUGGGUCCCGUCUCCUGGACGUACCCCGCCGAGAUUUUCCCCAUGCGCGUCCGUGCCAAGGCCGUCUCCGUCUCGACCGCGGCGAACUGGCUGUUCAACUUCGCGCUCGCGUGGGCCGUGCCUCCUGGUCUGUCGAACAUCGCGUGGAAGACGUACUUCAUCUUCGGAACCUUCAACUUCGCGGCGUUCAUCCACAUCUUCUUCAUGUUCCCCGAGACUGCCGGCCGCACGCUCGAGGAGAUCGAGGACGUCUUCGCGCAAGGCCACGUCUUCACGGCCUGGAAGGUCAAGCGCGACGUUGGCAAGAGGACCCUCGAGGACGUCAAGCACGAGGUCCACCAAGUCGAGAGCCGCGACGAAAAGCAGUCGGCAUAAGCGCCCCCUCCUCGUUUCGUCCCUUCACUGCUUGUUGUUUCACUCAUGUCCCCUGUGUACGUUAACUCCUGGCCUUAACCGUUGGAGGCUUGUCUACGAAUAUCAGGUGCAUUACCCACGAUUGAUAAUGACUAUUCGGAUGAUCCCCAUGUAUUAGUUAGUGUAUUAACGCGCUUCUUUCCCUCUCG